CGCUUCUCUCCGCCGUUACGGUUCGUAAUAAAUAAAACAAAAUCGUCCGGGCGGCCGUUCAGUUCCGCUGUUGCACUACGCGCGCGCGCUCCCGUGUCUCACUCCGUCCGCUUCACCGUCACCGCCGCCGACGCAGUCAGUCCGUCCGUGUCCGUCCGUCAGUUCGCGUGCCGUGUCCGGCGCGUACCCCGCAACAUUCGCCGCCGUUGUUCCACGCACCGUGUCCGUCGCAGCUCCACCACCGGAGUGAAUUGUAAUCAUGAACGGAUUUAACAACCAUGACAACAAUGAGGGAGGUAACAAGUUUUCGGUUUCACCUUGCAGUUGCUGGACUAUUGGUUUGGUCAACGUCAACUCUAAACGUUAUCUGACAGCUGAGACAUUUGGGUUCAAGAUCAAUGCUAAUGGUGCAUCUUUGAAAAAGAAACAACUGUGGACAUUGGAGCCGAGCACUAAUAAUUCACUGUUAAGCGAUGGUCCCACUACAACGAUCAGAUUGCGGUCGCAUUUGGACAAGUACUUGGCAGUAGACUCUUUCGGAAAUGUGACUUGCGAGAGCGAUGAUCCUACUGAUCCCGGGACCGUGUUCCAAGUUUCCGUAACUGACGGAACCUCUGGUAGCUGGGCAUUGAAAAACGUAGUUCGUGGUUACUACUUGGGCGCUUCUUCGGACAAUCUGAAAUGUACAGCAAAAGCAGCGGGGUCCAGUGAACUAUGGUUGGUUCAUUUAGCCGCUAGACCUCAAGUGAAUCUGAGAUCUGUUGGACGAAAACGUUUUGCUCAUUUGUCCGAAAACUUGGAUGAAAUCCAUGUCGACGCAAAUAUACCGUGGGGCGAAGAUACGCUUUUCACAUUAGAACUGAGACCUGAUGACGAUUUCAAAUAUGCCAUACACACGUGCAACAACAAAUAUCUAUCCAGGGAUGGGAAAUUAGUAGACACGUGCACGACUAACUGUUUGUUCUCCCUAGAAUACCAUUCUGGUGGAUCAUUAGCUUUGAGGGACAAAGCUGGUGGUUAUUUAUCUCCAAUUGGUUCCAAAGCACUUCUUAAGACGCGUUCUCAAUCGGUUACCAAAGACGAGUUGUUCACCCUUGAAGACUCUUUGCCACAAGCAAGUUUUAUUGCUGCUCUCAAUUCAAAAUACGUAUCAGUCAAACAAGGGGUGGAUGUCACUGCUAACCAAGACGAAAUAUCCGAUCACGAGACUUUCCAAUUGGAAUUCGAUCCUUCUACGAAAAGAUGGUAUAUACGCACAAUGCAGGAUAAAUACUGGACUCUCGAAACAGGUGGUGGAAUACAAGCCGUGGCCGAUAAAAAAUCGUCGAACGCUUUGUUCGAGUUGGCAUGGCAAGGGGAUGGUUCGGUUUGCUUCCGUGCAAACAAUGGAAAGUACGUUGCUACUAAACGAUCCGGUCAUCUAUAUGCAAAUGUCGAUGCUAUCGAUGACGCUUGCAAAUAUUUCUUCUACCUUAUCAACAGGCCUAUAUUGGUAUUGAAAUCAGAUCAAGGAUUCGUCGGUUACAAAUCGUCGUCAAGCUUACGUCUUGAAUGUAAUAAGGCAUCCUAUGAAACAAUCCAAGUGGAACGAUCUGAUCGUGGAAUUGUGUUUUUCAAAGGUCAAACUAACAAAUAUUGGCAUGCAAAUGAUGAAGGGGUUUCUGUAGAAUCCGAUGUACCUGAAGGAUUUUUCAUCGAGUUAAGAGAACCAACGAGGAUAUGCAUUAAAAGUGUUUCCGGUUACUAUCUUACUGCUGGUAAAAAUGGGAUGUUUAGACUUGGUGAUGGAGAUUAUAACAAUGCUACAAAAUGGGAAUACUAAUGAGUAAUAUAUUAUUUUCAUUUCCUCGUAUACUUGUGCACUAAAAUAGGGCAAACAAACUAAAAUAAAAAAACAGUAGGUGUGAUUAAAUUGAAUAGUAAAAAUUUUUUUUUU